AUGCGGAACGUUUGUUUGAUCGGCUGUGGCGCUGUAGGCACCAUCGCAGCCUACGUGCUAGAGAAAUCAGGACAGGCCCGUGUUACGGCCAUCUUGCGAUCCAACUAUGAUGCUGUGGAGGAGAAGGGUUUUGAUAUUGAUUCAGUAGACCAUGGAAAGAUCCAGGGCUGGAAACCAGCCAAAGUCCUACCCUCGAUAUCCGCUGCUGCACCACUCAAAGCAGAAGAACAGUAUGACUUCGUUGUCCUCGCAAUGAAAGUCCUCCCCGACACAGUCCCUCCACUGGUCACUGACUUGAAGUCUCUCAUAGCCGAGAAUACUACCCUUGUGCUUCUCCAGAACGGUCUGGAUAUCGAACAGCCUCUUGCGACAGCAUUUUCCCAGACAAUCAUCCUGUCUGGUGUCAGCAUGAUUGGCUCGCGCUUAACGUCUCCAUCUUCCAUAUUUCACGAGGACCCCGAUAUUCUCAAGCUGGGCCCCUAUUUUCAUCACGAGGAAUCCCUGCCACGUACCGUGCAACUAGACGCCGCACGUCACUUUGUCGGUCUCUACAACCUCGGCCUAGCCGACGCCAUAACUCGAAAUACAGGCGCCGAAUGCAUCCUGGUUGAAGAUGUGGUCGGCGCUCGCUGGCGUAAACUCCUCUGGAACGGCACUUUCAACACCCUGUGCACGCUUCUGCGCAUCUCGGUCGGCGAACUGCUGCGUAGCCCAGGACGAGUUUCAUUGUUCGAGGCUGCGAUCCACGAAAUGGCCGCCAUUGCCACCGCCGCAGGGUACGGGGAGUACGUGACCGAGGACAUAAUCCAGGAGACCAUACGAGGCACACCGGAAAGCAGCCCAUUUCGGCCUAGCAUGCUCGUUGAUUUUGAGAACGGCAGGCCGUUCGAGUUGGAGAUUAUAUUGGGAGUUCCCUUGAGAAUUGCGGUUGAUUUGGGCGUCAACACACCUGUUUUGUCAGGGGUUUAUGACAUGUUAAAGGUGGUGUUGUGGACUUUGGAAGAGCGUUCCCGCCUGAGUACGUAG